AUGAACAUCAGAAUCUUUUUCACUGUGAGAGGGAUUGAUGUUGAUGGCUAUGAUCUCUUUGGCUCUGGAACUAAACUGUUAGUAACAGAUGAGCAGGUAGUGAAGGCCGUGGUGAGCGUCUACCCAGCAGCAUCCACAGUCCACCUGGAGGGGAAGAGCUCCCUGCUGUGUCUGGCCUCAGCCAUGUUUCCUCCUCUGGUCCGCUUCUCCUGGAAAAGACAGAAGGAGGACGAGCGGCUGGAGGAUGUGGACCCUGCUGAGGGAGAGCAGCUGGAGAUCAGAGAGCCGGGACGCAGCGCCUCCAUCUGGCUGAUCCAUCAGCAACAGGACGGCACAUAUAAAUACAGCUGCUACGUCCAGCACGAGGGAGGAACAGUGGAGGCCCAGACACAACAAGCAGCCUCCUGUCCUCCAGAGAGAGAACCAGCAGACCUGCCAGCUCUGCAGCAAGCUCACUUGUCCUUCCAGUCUCAGUCUCAGGUGAAGCUGCUCUGUCUGCUGUCCACAGUGCUGAUAGUGAAGAGUCUGGUGUUCUGCUGUGGAAUCUCUCUGAUGAUGAUCCUCACAAACAAGGGACCGUCCACCAACUGCACACAUGCUGACUGACUGUUUGCUGCUGGACUUUUCUCACCGUCACAUCUCAUCCAAACAUAUCUUAUUGAUUUGAUCAGUGACCAGAAAUGUCAGCUGUGACUUGCUGUCUUUGGAUGUAAUGUGGAGUUAGAUAUAGAUGUUAUUAAGUUAUUCCAAACCUUUUAAUUGUUGCGUCCACAUAAUACAAAAUAUUGCUGCCUUAUAUACAUUUUAGCAUGUUUUUUCUUGUUUUUCUUUUCAUAAUCACAGUGUUGCAAUUUCUUCAUGUUUACUGAGUGC